GAGGCAGCGUCCUCGCGCAAUGUAACAACACUGACACGUGCGUCAUGACGUGAGCGACGGCGGCUUGUUCCGGGAAUGGAUAAUAGGGCGGCAACCACAAAGACGAACCCACCUGAAUCGGUGCCGUCUGAUGUUUACCUGUGCAUGCAUCGAACACGUUUCUCACCUGCAGUCGGAAUAUGCAUGCGUAGAGGAAACAGCAUGUGAUGGAGGUUCUUUAAUUCUCAGUCCCAGUGAGGAUUAUAUAAUGUAAGAUUUGUCACAGAGGAAAGGAAGGCAAACUAUGUAAUGUGCACUAUAUCGGUUUGUUCUCUGGAAUCAUUGCGUGAUGACGUGUUUACCUGUUCCGAGAUAAUGUGAUACGGUGGAAAUAGAUUUCUUAUCCACAAGGAUGUAGUGUAUUGUGUUUCCGGGGUGCCCAGUUACCGCAGAUUUUCUAAUGUCGAUUUGGAGCUUCGACUGGAGUAUUACACCACGCUAUGAUGUUGAAAUACGUCACACACCUGAAAACUGUACUUUUUCUAUCUUCACUUUUCACCUGUCGUGUUAGUUCAGAUUUGCCCACAGACUCGCCCCAGACUCGACCUCGCGGCCCUGUCUUCAUCUCCAACCCGCCCUCUGUCGUCAGCUUCGCCAACACCAAGGGCGUGUCCAUCGCCUGCACCGCGUUCGGCCGACCAGCGCCCUCUGUCGAGUGGAUCAAGGGGGACGGAACUCCUGUCGACGACGUAGCGGGCCUGCUGACCGUCCUGCCAAAUAACACUCUGGUCUUCCACAAGUUCGACGACUCGGCGUUCCUGGCGAGUGUGCACACGGCCGAGUACAGAUGUCUGGCGUCCAACACUGUCGGCAGGAUUAUCAGCAGGAAUGUCACCGUCAACGCAGUUGUGAUCGACACGUACCGUGAGUAUGGGGUGCAGCUGAACGACCUGUGGGUGAUGCGAGGCUCCACGGCCGUGCUUCACUGCGUCAUCAACCCCUACUACCUCGGCAAGUAUGUGAACGUCAUCAGCUGGAGUCAGGACAGAUCGCAACUACAACCAGGAGGCCGCAUUAGUAUCUUGCCUGAUGGUAAACUCCACAUUCGGAACAUCCGGGAAACUGAUGGGAUGCAUAUGUAUUCCUGUUUGACAAAAAACCUUCUUACGUCGGAGGAGAAAAGUAGCUCAUUUGCAUAUCUCAGAAUUCACGAUCCGCCCGCGGCCCCGGUGCGGCCAGUGAUCGACCAAGUGAUGGCAGACAUUUCCAUCGACGAGGGAGACACGGCUGAACUGCCAUGUAUCAGCAGCCAGGCGUUUCCCGUCCCGGCCUACACCUGGUCGUUAGAGGGAGAUAGCGUUUCCAUUGACAACAAGAAGCUGUCGCAGGUGGGGGGCAACCUCGUCAUCAGGAACGCGACGGCCGGUGACAGCGGGGUCUACGUGUGCACGGCCAUCAACCAGCGUGGUCGGGCCACGGCCACCACCCACGUCACUGUCACGUCACCCUUGUCGGUCCACAUAGAACCAGUUGACCAAACUGUGGAUGCUCUGAAAACUGCGGAAAUCAACUGUACCCUGGCCGGGCACCCGAUUGACCGUGUCACGUGGUACAAAGACGGGCGGCGAUUGGUGUUCGACUCGAGGGUAACCGUCCAAUCACAGACGCGGCUCGUUAUUAAAGAGAUGAAGAGGCAGGACCAGGGAAUGUACCAGUGCUUUGUGUCAAACAGAAAACAGGUUGUGCAGGGCGUGGCACAGCUGGCACUCGGUGCUGCAAAACCAUCGGUUAUGGAAGCAUUCCAAGAACAGUUCAUACAAACAGGACAGAAAGUCUCCAUUCGGUGCAAAGCCUCCGGAAACCCAAUUCCGCGGGUGACCUGGCUGCUGGAUAAUGACGAACUUCCCGUGGAGGCUCGCAUAGGAACCAACAGUUUGACCACUGCCGAGGGUGAUGUCGUCAGUUUUGUGAACAUCUCAAGCGUGAAGGUCGAGGACGGUGGUGAAUACACGUGCCAUGCGGUCAAUGAAGUCGGUGAAGCGUAUCACGUGGGGCGGCUCAACGUUUACGGUGUUCCUUAUGUUCGACCAAUGAAGAAUGUGACAGCCACAGCCAACGAACGACUGGCUAUUAGAUGUUAUGUGUCUGGCUAUCCAAUCGAAAGCAUCAGCUGGUCAAAAGGUUCUGCUACGCUACCCAUCAACCACUGGCAAAAAGUUGAAAAUGGCGUGCUGAUCAUUGAGAAAGUUCAGAAACCGUACGAUAUUGGCAAAUACACGUGCACAGCGAAGAACCGAGAAGACCAGGGCAUGAGCAGAGACAUCUACGUAUCGGUCGUCGAGCCACCGACUAUCGAUGAGUUUGUGUUUCCCAAGCGUAAACAAGGCGAUCGUAUCAUCAUUUCCUGUGUAGUGAGCAGUGGAGACCUGCCAAUCAAAAUCUGGUGGGAGAAAGAUGGAGUCCCAUUCCCUCCUGACCUGGGGGUCUAUAUACAGAAAACUGGCCCGUUCUCCAGCCUGCUGUCGAUCGGUGAUGCCAGUCCAAUGCAUGAUGGGAACUACACGUGUUUCGCCAGUAACGCCGCAGCUUCUACCAGUUACACCGCUCCACUACAUGUUGAUGUUCCACCACGGUGGGUUGUAGAGCCUCAGGAUUCAUUUGUCAUCCUUCACAACUUCGUCCAGCUGGACUGUCAGACGGCCGGAAAACCCGAACCCGUAAUCACCUGGAGCAAGGCACAAGGAUCUACUCCAGGAAAUUACAAGCCUCUUGAUUUGUCCUCCAAGGACAGUCACAUGCACCUGUUGACCAAUGGAACGCUUGUUAUUAAAAAUGCUCAAGAAGAGGAUCAUGGGUAUUAUUUAUGCCAUGCUAACAAUGGAAUUGGUUACGGUCUGAGCAAAGUUGUCUUCCUAACCGUUCACAUUCCAGCUAGAUUUGACGAGCCUCAAAAGAACUACACAGUGAUGCGUGGCCAGAACGUUACGAUGGAGUGUCAGGGAAUUGGAGAUAAACCUUUGUCCAUCAGUUGGAGUGUGAACAGUUCACCUGUUGACACGCAGGUUAAUCGCAGGGCCCGAGUGGUGAGUUACAACACGCCGCGGGGUAAAGUCUCACAACUCAGUCUGCGACCCACCAUGAGAAACGACUCCGGAUUCUACGUGUGCAAUGCCAAGAACAAGUUCGGACAUGACAGCUUGCUCAUUCGACUCAUUGUUUUCGAGCCUCCUGAACCUCCGAUGACUGUACGCAUAACCAAUGUAACGAGCCGCAGUGUGUCUCUCUCGUGGCAGAAACCGUACGAUGGAAACAGCCCAAUCGCUCUGUAUAUCAUACAGUAUAAAAAUCACUCAGAUGUAUGGCAGGGGGUUUUGGACAGUGUGUCUGUGUCGGCGAAGGAAACAUCUAUGACCUUGGUUGGCCUCCAUCCAUCUUUCACCUACAACAUUCGAAUUCUGGCCAACAAUUCUAUUGGCUACAGCAAACCGAGCAUCAGUGUGAACGCCACCACAGAGGAAGAAGCUCCAUCUGGUCCACCAACAGAAGUUGAGGUUAAGGCCAUUGGUUCACAGUCCUUGAAAGUCACAUGGCUGCCUCCUGCUCUUGGUUUCCGGAAUGGAAAGACUCUCGGUUACUACAUUGGUUACCGGGAGACGAGCAGCCCGGGUCACUUCCUGUACAUUACGAGAAUGGCGAAGGAUGACAGUUUUGUCACGGAGUACACGGUCCAGAAGUUGAAGAAGUUUACUGAGUACACUCUACAUAUCAAGGCUUACAACGCUAAAGGAAUCGGUCCGCAGUCGGAAAAUAUUCAAGUCUUCACAUUGGAGGAUGUACCCAGUCAGCCUCCACAGGGUGUACAGGCCAGCACCCUGGGGUCUGAGAGUAUCCGCGUGGCGUGGUCGCCCCCUCCGCUCUACACUUUACACGGAAUACUGCAGGGAUACAAGAUACUCUACAAACCUGUACGACUAGACGAAGAUGAAAGUGAUGCUAACUUCAUGACGUCGGCCAAACUUGAGGCGAUCCUGCUAUCCCUGGAGAGGUACACAAACUACAGCAUUCAGGUGCUGGCCUACACGAGGAAAGGGGAAGGAGUGCGCAGUGAACCCAUAUACGUGAGGACACAACAAGACAAACCAGAAGCUCCAGCAGACAUUAAGUCACUUCCAGUUAAUGGUACCAGCAUCUUUGUUGCCUGGCAACCACCAGUUCGAAAAAAUGGCUUGCUAACUCAGUACAACUUGUACUUCAGAAACAAUACAAAUGUCAAAGAGAUUGUAGAAGAAAAGAUAGAGUUACCUGCCACUACCGAACGCUACUUGCUGACAAAUCUCGAAACAGGAAAUGAAUACGGCUUUCGUGUGUCUGCAAAAACAAUGAUGGGGGAAGGAGAGGCCACUGGACUUGCGGUAGCCAAACCUUUGGAAAAUGCCCCAGCCCAGAUAGCAAGUUUCCCCGGUGUUCUCACUGUUGCCUGGCACCAGCUAGUAACACUGCAGUGCAUUGCUGUCGGACAGCCACAACCUACAGUUCAAUGGAAAAUGAGAACCUCUGUGGUGAGGUCGUCUGAUCGGAUGAGCAUUAUGGAGAAUGGGUCUCUGUACAUCAACGGCGUCGCUGGGUCUGAUGCCGCCAACUACACGUGUCACGCAGAGAAUGGCCACGGUUCUGACGACAUCACAUACAUACUGCGAGUACAAGUUGGUGACCAUCAAGGAUCGCCGCCUCAACCUCCCAGACUCUACCUGGCCUUGACGACCAUGUCCACCAUUCAAGUGAACUGGUUGUCUGGCAGCAACGGAGGAAGCCCAAUACAAGGUUUUGUUUUAAACUUCAAGAAGGAACAUGGUUCAUGGAAGACGGUCCGACUUGGUCCAUCGAACAGAACGUAUAUCGCAUCCAGCCUGCUGUGUGGAACGGCGUACAAGUUCACCUUGCACACCUUCAACAGACUGGGAGACAGUCUAGACAGUGAUAUCGUGUCAGCAAGAACUAACGGAUCAGCUCCAAUAAUGCCACCACAGAGCAUGUUACUUCGAGAUGUUAAUGUUACUUCAGUUGACCUUGACCUCGGUACCUGGCUUACUGCUGGCUGUCCAAUCAGAUUUUAUUCCGUCAAGUAUCGAGUGUGGGGCAUUGAUAAAUGGGUGCAGGUCUCCAACAGCAUACGGUCCAACACGACACUGUUCACAGUUCAGGACCUGCACCCGGCCACGUGGUACAUCAUGAUAGUGACCGCGCACAGUGACGCUGGAUCCAUGGAGAGUGAACUCAUCUUUGCGACCUUGACCUUCACUGGAAUAACGAUCCUGCCCCUGAACGUGGUCCACAAGGAGGAGAGCGGUUUCCACGAGAAGAUCUACAUCAUGAUCCCGCUGUGCGCCGCCAUCAUCCUCUUCACUGUCCUCGCCGUCGCCGUCUUCCUCUACUGCAGGCGGCGCAGGGAACGACUGCGAUUCAAAGAACAUGCAUCCAACCUUCGUCGUGACAUCACUGCGGAGACUUCUCUGAUGAACGACCUUGACAAACGCCUCAAUGUCGAACUUGACAGCAGCAGCAGUACGACACCCGACGCUUUUAGCAAACACAACGUAAACUUGUUGAUCAGUCUCCAUAGUGACGAUAAUAUCCAUGGCAACAGCCAGUCCUGGCUUAUUCAUGAUGGCAGCAAAACAAACAGUGACAAUGGAUCUUAUGGUAGAUCAGAAGAUGAGGGCAAUAUCAACCCAUAUGCCACAUUUAACGAGAUGAAAGGAAUGUUGACCCCAGCUCACAUGAAACAGGAAGUCCUCUAUCAGAAAUCGUCUGACGAGGAUGACAUUGCACUUCAAAAGGCAGCAGCACAAAGAGAGGACUUGUCCUCAACCCCAUCCGAAACAUAUGUGCCAUUUUUCCACACCAAGCGAGACUACACAGGUUGCAGGAAGCAGCACCCCCCACCACUACCUGCCUCGCGACCCCCCACCAGCAAGGUUGAAGGUUACGACAACCAUGGUGUGAUUCUCAGUCCGCGACGAUAUGCCAGCGCUGAUCAGAUUCACGCCCUGUUCGCACAGGGUCCGCCCCGCCCACACAGUGCGUACAAGUCAGGUUCGGGGUCCAGCGACAAAGGAAGUCAUCGCCACAGUGUUAUUUCAAGCGUGACAACAGUUUCGUCGAGCCGUGACGAGCUGCUGGAAGCUCUUGAGAACGCCAAGCGAAACCCACCGCCACCAGUACUGUAUGAAAGCCCCGACCCCCAGGAUGAUUCGUCCCAGCCCACAGACAGUUCGAGUACUGAGCCCGGCAUCCGCAUGUUCACACAGUCACCACCAAAACCAAACGAAGAGAGAGAAGCUUCUUGUGAAGUGCCACAAUAUGAAUAUAAACGUCGUCGCCAACACCGCAAGGAGAUGGAGAGCGACACAACAGAGUGUGAGGGGGGAGGGGGACACGACAAGAGCCCCCCACGCAGAAUAAAAGGGAGGAGCAGGGGCAAACAAAGAGGUCACAUUAUUUCCAAAAGGUCACUUGGAACUACAUUCGUUCCACGAGCUCAAAGUCGUACGAGUACGACCAGUACUAACAGUGAGGAGGUGACCUACUCAUUCACCGGGGGGAGAGACUCCCCCCGCUCGGCCAGUCCCUCGGAGGGCUACAUCUCCUAUCACUGCAGUUCGUACGGCUUCGCCGAGUCCGAGAGAGGAAUCAAACGCAUGAGAAGUGGACGAGGAACACCUCAUGUCAAAGUAAAAUAUGACGUUGCCUUGGAAACGCCUGGCACUGAUGAGAAUCGGCCACUGGUGAUGGCUCUGGCACAGUCUGGAUUGAGCAGUCCACAAGAACAGGAGGAGAGAGUCAGUCUGUUAGACAGGCGCUACCGGGCCAUCCCCGAGUCAGAGACGCAGACAACAAGCUCACAAACAACUAGUCGAAAAGAUGACAAGCAUUACACUGAAGACUUCACCAUCGUGUGAACUGUCAGGGGAGCUUACUCCAUUCCAUACGCUUUCCACAACUUGCUAUUGUACAAAGACAUAUAUAGGGCUAAAGUUGAAUCUUUCAAACACUGCCAAAGGAGACGAUGAUAAGAUGAUCUGCUGUAUUUGUGCCAAAAGGAGACAAGAUGGAAGAUGUUAACUACUUCAAAAUCAAGAUUGUUAUGCUCAAAUCGUAAUCAAGGGACUGGCUUCUUUUAAGAGAAAAACACUUUUCACUGGAUCAUUCUUGAUAAUACGCCGUUUUGGUGGUUUCAUUGCAAGUGAAAGACUGACUAACAGAAUUCUUUUGAGUAUAGACUUCUUCGAUUCAUUCCAUACAAAUGUGAAACUAAAUGGGAUCCUCCUUUGGCUGCAAGUUGUUACGAUUGGUUCCUUGUGAGAGUGAACUAAUUAUCCUUAAUUUAAAAAUGCAAUGCUCUGAUUGGUUUCAUGCACAAAGAGUGAUCUCAUUUGAUUGGAUCAUUUUCAGUAUCCAGUUCUCUGAUUGGUUCAUUACAAGAGUGGACUCAUUUGAUUGGACCAUUUUCAGUAUCCAAUUCUCUGAUUGGUUCAUUACAAGAGUGGACUCAUUUGAUUGGACCAUUUUCAGUAUCCAAUUCUCUGAUUGGUUCAUUACAAGAGAGGACUCAUUUGAUUGGACCUCUGUUUGAAAACAAAGUCCUUGAUUGGUUCCUUACAAGAAUGAUUUCUUUUCAUUGGACACAUUCCUUCCUGCUGAUGGGCAAACCGUUGCCUUACUUCCUGCAUAAACAAACAAAAUAAACAAUUGAGAAAUGCAUUAUGAAAAUUAAUCUUUCUUUUUCAUGUGAAAUAGCUUGAAGUAUUGAAGCCAUUUGUAAUUGUGUCACUUAGAUAAAAGAACUACUACGUGUAGUAAUGUUUUAAUCUAGAUUUCAUAUGUUGAUAAAGCAUGGAGUUAAAUUAUUUUCAGACACUUGAAAUAAAAAGAAAUACAUGUUAAAAUAGAUAGAUCAUUGCUCUUAGAAAAUUUAACCUACAAUAAAAGGUAUAGUUUAUAAUAUCCACUUAUAGUCGGUUUGCGUUAAAAGGGAACUGAUUAAUUAGCAUAUAACUCUGAAAUGAAUAAAAUUAAAAUUCAUAGAAAACAUUAAUAAGUUUUUAAUCCUUAACAACUCAAAUAACAUUUUUAGGGGAAAUUUCAGAUUAUUUGAUUAUUUACAUAGAAUGUUUCUGUUAAAAAAAAUCUAAUGAGAGUUUGUGUGGCUUUAAAACUUAAUAAUAAAUUUGUAUACGAAUUU